CUGCGGGCGGGCGAUUUUCCUGCAGUUGGCAGUUGGCAGAGUUGUGUUGUGUUUUUCUUUAAAUUUUUCAGAACUUUAGCAAACAAACUUGACUCACAAACAUGGAUGCGUGCACGGGAGUUGAGAAGGAGGUGGACAAGGUUCUGCACAAGUUUGGCGGCAUCAACGAGCACGCUGACCGGACGCUGUCCGACCUGUGCAGCCACAUCGAGAGCCUCAAAGAUAGCAUCGAAGAAUCACCACACGAGUUGACGGCCGCGCAGAUCCUCAUCGUGAAACAGGCCGUGGCCAAGGUCAAGGACACGGUGCAGCGGCUGGCCUCGGACCACCGCGACCUGCACAGCACCGUCUCCAAAGUGGGCAAGGCCAUCGACAGGAACUUUGUCUCCGACUUUGCGUCCACCAGCAGGGAGGAGGUUUUCGCGGGCACCGAAAAGGUCAAGCUGCUCAACAAGGUCAUGUGCCAGCACUUUUAUCGUCAGGGCAUGAUCGACAUUGCUGAGGAGUUGGCGAAGGAGGCUGGGCUGAAGACUGACAUAAGCAACAAGGAGCCGUUCCAGGAGCUCAACCGGAUCCUCGACUGUCUGAAGCAGCGCAACCUUCAGCCCGCCCUUGAGUGGGCAACCUCGCACAGGGAAACGUUGGCAGCACAAAAUUCGUCUCUGGAGUUCAAGCUGCACCGACUGCAGUUCAUCAACCUGGUGGAGAAGGGGGUGGGGCAGCAGGCGGAGGCGGUCGAGUACGCGCGGACGCACCUGUGCCAGUUCGUGGGGCGGCACGAGAAGGAGAUCCAGAGCCUGAUGGGGGCGCUGCUGUUCCUGCCGCAGGGGCUGCCCGCCUCCCCGUACAGCCACCUGCUCGACCCGUACGUCUGGGUCGAGAUCCACGAGGUCUUCAUCAAGGACGCGUGCGCCCUCCUCGGCCAGAGCGUCGACAGCCCCCUCUCGGUCUGCAUCAACGCCGGCUGCACCGCCCUUCCCGCCCUCCUCAACAUCAAACAGGUGAUGCAGCAGCGGCAGGUGACAGGGAUCUGGAGCGGCAAGGACGAGUUGCCAAUUGAAAUCGACCUUGGCAAGGAGCACCGGUACCACUCGGUGUUCGCGUGUCCAAUUUUGCGGCAGCAGAGCACCGAGAACAACCCGCCCAUGCGGCUCGUGUGCGGCCACGUGAUCUCGAGGGACGCCCUCAACAAACUCAGCAGCGGCAGCAAACUCAAGUGUCCGUACUGUCCGGUCGAGCAGAACCCCAACGACGCCAGACAAGUCUUCUUUUAACUUUUAACAACUAAAACGGACUUUUUAAUGAUUUCGCCGCUUGUGACAAGCACCCUUGUUUCUGUUGAGAACAAUUUAUAUUAUUUAUUUAACCCUGACAUUAUGGUACUGACCUACCAUAUACGCUAGAAUUGUAGCACAGGAAAGAUUUUAUGAUCUUUUGUGAAGAAAUAUGCUUUAAAUCGUUCUAUGUCAUGCUGUGAAUAUCUGAUUAUGAUUAU